GAGGCCCGCAGGGAGGCCUGGCCUUCAGAGGAACAACUCCGCUGUCGAUUCACAAGCAAGAGAGCCACACUGAGAAGCACUGCUUGAUCUUUCUGCAGCACAACGACCGAGCUCUCUUUAUUUUAAAGAAAAUCUGCUCUGAUUUUUAAGACUUGAAGAAAGUCAAACUUAAUCUUUGCAAGGGUGUUGCUGGAUUUGACCAGUUUUUCUGCAAGAACUACGGAAACUCCAACUCUGACCAGGAUGAAGUACUAUCAGUGCCCCAUGUCCCAGACCAUGGAAAUCAAGUCUUUCGCCCAGGACUUUGGCAUCCCAGUCAGCUGCAAGAGCUCAGCUUCUCUGAAACCAGUCCGCAGUGUGCACUUCCCCAAUGACAUCGUUUUCCAAGACUAUGUGCGACAAGGCGAGCUGGAGAGGAUUGGAAGAUUCAUCCGAGCCAGAAGAGUCAGCCUGGACACCAUUUACCACUCUGGCAUGGCAGCCAUCCAUGAGGCCGUCCUGUCUGGGAACCUGGAGUGUGUGAAGCUGCUCAUCCAUUACGGAGCAGAUAUCCACCAGAGGGACGAGGAGGGAUGGACCCCCCUGCACAUGGCCUGCAGCGACGGCUUCCCACACAUUGCACGCUACCUUCUCUCGCUGGGUGCCGACCCCGAGCUGGAGAACGACUGCGGGGAGAAGCCGGCCGACCUCAUUGAACCGGACAACAAGGAGCUGCUGGAGCUGUUCGGGCUGGCUGUCAAUGACUGAGAACAUCUGGCUUUAAAGCCGCAAACCCGUCUCACACCUGCUGCCCGGUCACCGGACUGUUCUGCAGGGAUGGACAGAAAAGGCCACGUCAGUCCAGCAUCCUGAUUUUGUGAGCUGCUUCAGAUCUGGAGGUCUAGCACUGUGGAUGUGGGGGGUGGGGCCCGUUGGCUGCGUCCUGAAUGGAGAGAACUUUUGCUGGUAGGCGCUGGCCUCCGAGCUCCAGCAGUACAGAUUUACUGUCUCCUGUAAGAGCUUCUGACCUUUUGAUACUGUACUGUACUGAAUGAAGCAUUUUAUUUGAAAUUGUUGAUUUUAUUUGGCACAUUGCUGGAACUUUUGAAUGUUGUGAAACUUGAAACUGUUGUUGCAGCUCAGCUCAUUAGCACGUCUAGGAAAGCGAAGAUUAGCAAGACCAAACGGGCUUGUGUUGACUGCCUUACUAACAGUUUAGUUCAUCAGAAUUUAUAACCUCCAGGGUUGUUUUUUUUAAAAUGCUUGCCGUCUGAUCACUUUUAGACUUAGCUAACUGUAUUCAUUAGUCGGUUAUAUAUGUAUUUUUAUACUUUUUAAAAUAAAGUUUAUAAGACAAUA